AUGUUUAACAUAAUCGCCAAAUUUUUGCAAGAGAAGAGCACUCAGAGUGAUGCCAGUUUGGUUUUUCAGAAUGAUUCGUUUGCUGUGAGACAGAUGAAUGCCGAGGACUUGGUGGGCAGAUUCUGUUCGCAUCUUGGUCUGUCUCCUCAGAUGUCGAGUGCUGCUGAGUUUAUCGCAGGAAGGACUCGUGAGGCGGGUAUUUUGGCGAGUAGAUCGCCAACCACAAUUGCUGCUGCCGUGGUGUAUAUUACAGCUCAGAUUUUAGGCCGGUCGCUUCUGCCUUCACGGAAGACGGGUGUUAGCGACGGUACUAUCAAAACGUCAUAUAAGCUACUUUAUGCGAAGAAGGAGGAUCUGGUAGAUCCAUAUUGGAUUGAGUCUGGGAGUGUUUAUUUUGACAAGAUUCCAAAGGCUUGA